AUGCUGACGUGUAGUGUAUGUGGUGGCACGGGACAUCCCAGCUGUCUUCGUUUGCCAGAGGAAGCAGUGUACAAGAUUCGUACAUACGAAUGGCAAUGUAUGGAUUGCAAGGCCUGCGGCAUAUGCGGCGACUCGACUGACGACGACAAAUUGCUGUUCUGUGAUCAAUGCGAUCGUGGUUAUCAUACUUUCUGUGUGGGCCUUCACCACACGCCGCGUGGUAAGUCCAUGCCAGAGCAGUUGAGGCCGUACCUACAAACCCAUGGUGACUGA